AUGAAAGUUUUUCAAUUCAAAAUUCCUUGGAUCAUAUUCUUAGUUUUAUUACAAUUGCAAUUUAAUCUUUGUAUGUAUUAUCUUGUUGAGGAGCAAGACAUUUCAUUAAUUUCAAAAGUUCUUCACGACAUUGCUGAUGAGUUUCUAAUAAAAGAAAAUAAUGAUUUCUCAAUAAUCAACUUUGAUGUUUGGACACCAUUCUUAUCAGAAGUUUCAAAACAUUUCAUGUCAAAGUUUAAUGAAAAACAUGCGUAUUUUCUUAAAUCCAAGAAAGCAGUCAAAUCUAUUCAUAUAGGAUCAGCAUUCAUAUUUCUUGAAAUUUUAGAACAAUUUUAUUUGCUGGAAUAUUUAAACAUAUUAAGAAGAUAUCUUAAUAAUCCAAUUAAAAUAUUUGUUUUUGUUCCUCAUUUAUCAUUUUAUAAAUUGCAAACUUUACCAAUUAAAGAAUUUAACGACAAAAUCCCAACAUUAGAUGCUUUAAUUUAUCAAUACACGUAUUUUAUCACGAAUGAUAAAUAUUUGGUUGGCUUAUCAACAGUCGAAUGGUUCAGUACAGAUGGAUGUGACAGUCCAAAUGUUAAUAUGAUUAACUUCUUUAAUAAAAGAACUAUGGAAUGGAAUUCCAAACUUGAAAAUCAUGAAAAGUUUCUUCAAUAUCAUGGAUGUGAAUUAGUUAUGCUACUCCCUGUUCUGUUUAACGAUCGUUUCCUUAUUCAUGCGUCUGGCUUUGGUUGGUUCAAUAAAAAUCAAACAAAGUUACAAGUUUAUGGCAUAACACCAGUAAUUUUCGAAAUUGCAGCAGAUCGUCAUAACUUUACAAGUAAUUAUCAACUUGGAUACUUGAAUUGGGGUUGGUUAAGAAGUGUUGAUCCGGAAAAUGUUCAAACAAUUUUAAUAAAUGGCACUGAAAAGCGUCCACACAUUUAUUUCGAAAUAUCACCAAUGCAGCAAACAAAAAAAGAUAUAAUUUUUUCAAAAGUUUUAUCUAACUUAAAAAUUGAAGUAUUUGUAACUCCAGCCGAAAAGUAUUCACCUUAUGAGAAGUUUUUCUUGCCAUUUGAUUUGCCAACUUGGGUUUUUGUACUCAUCACCUUUAUUGCUACAUUUUUAAUUAUUAUUAUUAUCAAUAAUCUCUCAAAAUCAACACAAUCUAUUGUUUAUGGACACAAAGUAGACACGCCAUUUUGGAACGUCAUCAGCAUAUUCUUUGGAAUUUCACAGACAAAAUUGCCAAACAAGAACUUCUCAAGAUUAAUUUUGAUCAUCUUUAUUUAUUUUUGCUUGAUUUUCCGAACUUGCUUCCAAAGUAAAUUCUUUGAGUUUUUAACAAGUGAGCCAAGACGAGCACCACCAAAAACGAUUUCAGACUUAAUUGAAAGAGAUUAUAAACUUUACAGUAUGGCGAUAAAUAAGGAGGUUUCAGAUAGUAAAUACAGGACGGAAAAAUGGCCAAAAGUAUACGAUAUGAUGCCUGCAGACUACUUAAAUGCACUUCUAACUCAAUAUGAAAAUUCUUCAAUCAAAAUGGCACUUACAGUAGACGAAUUUUAUCUAAAUUAUCUUGACUUAAAAAUGAAGAAAAGGACUCACAAUUGGAAUAAGUUAAAAAACGUUAUUUAUACAUCACAUGAUGUUUUUAUGUUCCUCGGAUUCACAUUUUAUUUUCGAAUGUUUGACAAGAUCAUCAAUGAUUUAAUACCAACUGGAAUCAUGAAUCAUCUUAUUGAAAACUUUUAUACAAGAAAAUUGAAAUUUUUUCCAACUGAAGAAAACCCUAAAAUUUUAAGUCUUGAUGAUUUAGCUUUUGGAUUUAAUAUAUGGCUUUGUGCUUGCUUAAUUUCAGUAUUUGAAUUUCUUUUUGAAAUAAUAAUCAAUUUUGUUAAGAUAAGAUUUAAUAAGCGGAUUCAAAUCAGUUCAUUUGAUGACAAAUCUGAAAAUAUAAGUUACACUUUAUUGAAACCCGAAUUGAUUCAAAAGUUCAAGGCAAAAAAAUAUUUGAAUAAAAAUGGAAUUAAUGGUGAAAUAAGUGUGAUUGAAGAAUUACCUCCAAAGAUGAUAGAAAUACUUAAAAGUAUUCAAAAAAUUCCUAAUAGGGAAAAAAUCUAUAUAAGUAGAAUUCAUGGUUCUGCUUUCAUAUUUGUGGAGUUUUUAGAUACUUUCUACAAUCUUGAAUAUGGCUACAAAACAAGAAGACUUAGCAAUCAAGCUAUUAAAUACUUUGUAUUUAUACGAUUUAUGUAUUUUGAUGAGCUAGCUCAAAUGAGGAUUCCGGAUUACAGGCUACCAAUUUCAAGAUUUGAUAGCUCAUUAUAUCAAAACGCUUAUUUUAUUACCGACGAGGAUUAUUCAAUCAUAUUAUCAACAGUUGAAUGGUUUAGUCCUCAUGGAUGUGACCGUCCACAUGUAUACAUUAUCAACACUUUCAACAAAACGACUAUGAAAUGGGACAAAAAGCUUGAAAAUCAUGAAAAAUAUCUGCAAUACCACGGAUGUGAACUUGUUAUGCUGCUUCCAACUCAACUUGAAGACGAUUCGAUCACACAUGUGUCUGGUUAUAGUAUUUUAAGGAACAACAUUACAAGAUUUGAUAUUUAUGGAAUUACACCAGAAAUUUUUAAGAUUGCUGCAAAAAAACAUAACUUUACAGUUGGUUAUCAACCAGCAUCUAUGCCAAGAGCUUGGCUUGGAUAUAAUAGAGACGAAAAUGUACACAUAAUUCGAAUUAAUGGCACUGACAAAGAUCCACAUGUUUAUUUUGAAAUAUCAUCAUUGCAUGCACUACAAAAAGAUUUGGUUAUGUCAAAUGUCGUAACUAAUUUAAAUGUUUAUAUUUUUGUGACACCUGCUGAUAAGUAUACACCGUACGAGAAGUUCUUCUUGCCAUUUGAUUUACAAACAUGGAUUUUUUUAUUCAUAACAUUUAUGUCAACGUUUUUGUCAAUUAUCAUUAUCAAUAAUCUGUCAAAAUCUACUCAAAGUUUAGUUUAUGGACAAAAAGUCUACACACCAUUUUGGAACGUCAUCAGCAUAUUUUUUGGAAUUUCACAAACUAAACUGCCAAACAAGAACUUUUCGAGAUUCAUUUUGAUGCUUUUCAUUUACUUUUGCUUAAUCUUCCGAACUUGUUUCCAAAGUAAAUUCUUCGAAUUCAUGACAAGUGAGCCAAGACAUCCACCGCCCAAAACAAUUGAUGAUCUCAUUGAGAAAAACUAUUCGGUUUACAGUUUGAAUGCUUCAAUUGGUGUUUUUGAAAACCUCAAUCUCCUGGAAAAAUUGCCAUGCGUUUAUAUUGCGCCUCCAAACAUAUAUGGAAAUGCAUAUUUAUACCAAUCGCAAAAUUCAGAAGCUAAACUGGCACUUGUAGUUGAUCAAUUCCUUAUUAAUUAUUAUGAUAAACAUCUAAAGAACGUUACUCGUUGGAACAAGCUUAAAGAUUUUGUUAUUUACAGAUCUGUUGAUACUUUCAUAUUCCUAGGACAUGCAUUUUAUUUUCGAAUGUUUGACAAGAUCAUCAACAAUCUUAUUCCAACUGGAAUUAUGAAUUAUUUGGUUUUAAAUUAUUUUACGAUCGAAUCAAAAUAUGUGCAAAUUAAUGAAGAUCCAAACGUGCUUAGUCUAGAUGAUCUUGCGUUUGGAUUUAAUAUUUCCCUUGGUUUUUAUUUAAUUUCAAUAAUUUCGUUCAUUGCUGAAAUUACUCUGGCUUUUGUAAAAAAGAAAACAAUGAGUUUAAAGAAUAUAAAAGUACAUCCAAUCAUAAAGGGAGAUGACGAUGAAGUUUUCAUCGAUGAAAUAUCAACCUAUGAAAUUAUGAAUGGAAUCAAUCUGGAAUUGGUUGAAAAAUUUAGAGUUCAAAAAUCAAAACAAUUCGAUAUUUCAAAUGACUUGAUUGUAGCUAAAGGAAAUGAAGAUAUUGAAUUAAUAGAUUUAGAAAAACAUAUUGCAGCUUUGGUGUUGAAGCCAAUCAAAUCAUGCGCUGCAAUUUAUCUAAUUAAUCGAGGAGCGGAGUAUGAAGUUUGCAUUGAUCGAAUCACAACAUAUGAAAUUAUGAAAGGAAUCAAUCCAGAGUUGAUUGAAAAGUUCAGAGUAAGAGUUCCAGCACAAGCUGAAGUUUCAAAUGACUUAGUUACAACUCAAAUAAUUGAAGAUAUUGAGUUGAUAGAUUUAGAAAAUUAA